CUCCGGCCUCCCCGCCUUCCUAUUGGGCAGGGACUUUUGGGCUCUCUCCUGACAGGCGCUCGCGGCGGGACCCGGGCAGGGGAAAAAGAGGGGGGAAAGUUCCCCAGAAGUUUGGAUGAAUCCGAGGGAGGGAGAGAGCGAGGGAGGGGGAAAAGAUGAAGCGCAGCCUGCCAGCGCUGCGACUCUGAGCGGCGCCGGCGACCCGGGCGGGCGGACCCGCCGUUCCAUGUAGCGCCUGGGUCGCCGCUGGGCGCUCACGUCGGAGCCGCAGCUCGGCUUCGUCUUUGCCAGGGCCGGGCUCGCCAGCUUCGCCCUGCCCUGCCCUGCCCUACGCCAUCCCGGCGGCUGGUGGCGCGGCCGCCGUCCGGCCCCGGGACUCCCGUCGGGCGGCUAAGAUGAGCGAGAGGAGGCGCUCGGCAGUGGCCCUCAGCUCGCGAGCGCACGCCUUCUCGGUGGAGGCCCUCAUCGGCUCCAACAAGAAGAGGAAGCUCCGCGCGUGGGACGACAAAGGCCUGGAUUUGUCCAUGGAGAGCCUCAGCCCGGACGGGCAGCUACCGGACACAGACGAUCCCGCCCAGUGCCUGGACCUCAACGCCAACGAUUCAGAGCAGAGUACGGGGUCAGACACUGAAGUGUUGGCUGAGAGGACAUCCUGCCCAUUUGACUCCCACUCUGACCUCGCAUCCAGUGGCUCAAUCUCUCAACCACCUCCUACCUCAUCCAUGGAGGAGAUCCAGGUGGAGUUGCAGUGUGCUGAUCUCUGGAAAAGGUUCCAUGAUAUUGGCACAGAAAUGAUCAUCACUAAAGCAGGCAGGAGAAUGUUUCCUGCAAUGAGAGUGAAGAUUACAGGAUUGGAUCCACACCAGCAGUAUUACAUAGCCAUGGACAUUGUGCCUGUAGAUAAUAAGAGAUACAGGUAUGUGUAUCACAGCUCCAAGUGGAUGGUAGCAGGCAAUGCUGACUCCCCUGUGCCUCCAAGGGUUUAUAUUCACCCCGACUCCCUGGCAUCUGGAGACACCUGGAUGCGACAGGUUGUCAGUUUUGAUAAACUCAAGCUGACCAACAAUGAGCUAGAUGACCAAGGCCAUAUAAUCCUGCACUCAAUGCACAAGUAUCAACCACGCGUCCAUGUUAUCCGGAAAGACUUUAGCAGCGACCUGUCUCCCACAAAGCCAGUCCCCACAGGUGAUGGGGUGAAAACCUUCAGCUUCCCAGAGACUGUCUUCACCACUGUCACUGCUUAUCAAAACCAGCAGAUCACCAGAUUAAAAAUUGACCGGAAUCCAUUUGCAAAAGGGUUCAGGGAUUCUGGAAGAAACAGAACUGGCCUGGAGGCCAUUAUGGAAACAUAUGCAUUCUGGAGGCCCCCAGUGCGCACACUCACCUUUGAAGAUUUCACCACCAUGCAAAAACAGCAAGGGGGCAGUACUGGCACUUCUCCAACCACAUCCAGCACAGGGACACCCUCACCCUCUGCAUCUUCCCACCUUCUUUCUCCAUCGUGUUCACCUCCAGCCUUUCACUUGGCCCCCAACUCUUUCAAUGUCGGCUGCCGGGAGAGCCAGCUCUGUAACCUUAACCUCUCUGAUUAUCCUCCCUGUGCAAGAAGCAACAUGGCGGCCCUGCAGAGCUACCCAGGGCUUAGCGAAAGUGGAUACAACCGGCUCCAGAGUGGAACUGGUUCUGCCACUCAGCCCUCUGAAAACUUCAUGCCUCAGCGGACUCCAUCCUUGAUCUCAGGAAUGCCUGCUCCUUCUUCACUGCCUAGCAAUGGCAAGAUGGAAGCUUAUGGUGGCCAGCUGGGGUCAUUUCCAACUUCUCAGUUUCAGUAUGUCAUGCAAGCUGGCAAUCCUGCUUCCACUUCUUCUUCUUCACAUAUGUUUAGCAGUGGUCACAUGCAACAGAGCUCCUACAAUGCUUUUUCCCUUCACAACCCUUACAACUUGUAUGGAUACAAUUUCCCAGCUUCUCCAAGGUUGACAGGAAGCCCCGAGAAACUGGCCAACACCCAAAGCACUUUACUUUGCUCUUCGCCUUCCAAUGGGGCCUUUGGAGAGAGGCAAUAUCCCUCAACAGGGAUGGAUCAUGGGAUGCAUGUGAUCAGUCCUCCCAGCAACAGCCAGCCAUCAGGCAAUGCUUGUGAUAAUAGACAAUAUGGGGCUGUACCAGGGUCCUCUUCACAAAUGUCAGUGCACAUGGUUUAAUUGAUGCUUGGAGUCAUCAUCUCGGUCAACAACAGGCAAGAAGCUCAUCAUUUCUAUUGAUGAUCUCAUCCCUGUUGCUUUUCAACUUAAAAUAGGACUCGUAUUUGAACAAUAAAUGGAAAUACAAGCCAUCUCUAGCUGUAAUCCAAAGAACCUGACAGCUGCAGACUGGAAUCAAAAGCCUCGUGCAACUGAGUGGCUUCUGCUCCUAAUGGAUUUUUAAAUCAAGACAAAGGCAUUGUUUGGAAAACCCUGGGGGGAUGUUAUAUAGUAUCUGCAAUAACUAUCUGAGCUAGGUGAGAACUGUUCACAACAAAGCAAGUCCAGUAUGUGUGCUGUUUCUUCCAUGUUUCCCAGAUGCAAGCAACAAGACAUCAUUUCAUAAAUCUGCACUGCCAGUAAAAGGCCACUGUUGUAACAUCUUCGUCUUUCCCUAUCUUGUCAUCUACAGUAAUUAAUUUGAAUCUAUGACCUUCUCUCACCUAAUAUAGCAAAAGAACAUUAUAUUUGAACUGAGAUUUCUCUUCCUUGAGCAAUCAUUGCUUUCUCCCUUUUUGAGGCUUGUUGCUCUCCCAGAGAACAAUAAUAUCCCUUACAAAGGCAUGUCAUUAAAAAGAGGGUGUGGGAGCAACCAUUAAUAUGAAAAGGUUUUCUUUAACUUUGCAGGAAAAUGAUUCUGUAACAUGUUUGGCAGCAUAGAAACAGGAUCCCAGCCACACAGGAUUCCAUUGUGAAAAUGCUGCGUAAGAGGAAAUGGUGUUUAAUUGUACUUUCAAUGCCUUUGAGCUAUUGACAGCCUAAGUAACAUUAGCAAAGAACUGGCAAGGCAUGCUUGAAACAUGUACCACUCAGAGGAGUCAACUGUAAGGGAAAGAAGUCUCUAGACCAGCCUUUCCCAACCAGUGUGCCUCCAGAUGUUGUUGGACCACAACUCCCAUCAGCCUCCACAAGCAUUGCCAAUGGUCAGGAAAGAUGGGAACUGUGGUCCAACAACAUCUGGAGGCACACUGGUUGGGAAAGGCUGCUCUAGACCGAGUUCAUGCUAACCGGUAGCCAGACAAGUUCUACGAGAAUACACAGCCUAACUGCAGCCAUUUUGUAUGUACCAGAGAGGGGGAAAUGCUAGCCAUUAACAUUGGGGGCAACCCUUCUCCCCUGUUCAGCCUGCGAAUUGGAUCAUGGAGUCAUGGCCUCUUCUGGUUUUAUUUUUCCUUCAACACUUUUAAAAAUAAGCAAACAAGCGAUGCUUAGCACAUGCUAAGAAGUUUUAAAGUUGUGUGAAAGUCCAAAUACCAAGUAACAGAAUACAGGAAUGACAGUAUAGAGAUUUGAUGUGUUGUAGAUAAAUGUAUUUAUGUCUCUAGUGUGUGGGGGAGGGAGGGGAAUUCAUUAUUAUGACUAUUAAAGAGGGUAAUAAAUGGGAAUGUAAAAUAUAUAUUAAGAAAGAAAAUGUAUAAAGAUUUGCCCUAUGCAGGGAAUUUUGUUUCUAGGUGCCAAGCAUAGAACUGAUGCAAAAUAAAUCUUUGUUCCUUU